CAUUAAGAUUCCUUCCCAGAGCACAGAUCGUUAGCUGUUAAUGAUGGCUGAGGUUGGGAUCACCGAUCUGUUCACACAACUGUGCAAAAGCCACUACAAAGUGGACGCUAGACAGCCCAGAAUAGUCCGCCCGAAGCUGUCAAAACAACAAAUCUCUUCCCGACUGAGAAACACCCUGUUCAACACACUGUUUGAGGACACGCUUGCUAGAAGAAAUGGGUUGGCGGAGAAGGGAGGGGUCGAGAAGCAGGAAAAGCUGUCCGAGAAGGACAAGAUGUUGGUGUUUGUCUAUGAACUAAGGCUGGAGCGAAGAUUCGAUGAUGCAGCCAGACUGGAGCACUUGGUUGACAUGCUGUAUUCUGAAGCAGAUCCAGAUGCAGACAUCAAGGCUGUACUGCGCUUGUUUCUGGGAUUGGCUAGAUCAGGGAGUCAACCAGAUAUCCCACCUAUUGGUUACCAUGACCCGCAGUUACCAAUGAAAAACCUGAAACGACAUGAGAUGAAUGGAUGGCUUUGCCCCUGUGGUCCUGUCUUUUAUGGAGACAGCAAGUAUCUUGAGGACAGUUUCCAUGGCUACAUGCAGUAUGAUAGGAGCUUGUUUGAACAUGGAUUACCAGCAUCUAUGAUAACUAUGUACUCUACUGGUCAGCCACAGCCUGGUCUGUCAUGGAAGUUGUUCGAGGCAACUCCUGGCCAAGACCUGUUGGGAAAUGGAUUGUUCCAGCUGAAGGGCAUGAAGAAUGACCAGUAUGAGAGGCAGACCAACAGCACGCUGUACGGCGCACUGGUACACAGCCACACCCGCAGCAUCGACAUCAAGCUGGGCCUGCCUGAGCUGCCUGAUGAGACCGACACUCAGGCUCUAGGACUUAAGAUCUAUCCAUACACAGAGCUGUCAGAAGAUGAGGGUUUCACGGAGCCGUCCGACACAGAGUCCAGUCUGACCACUCCCAGCCCAGACUUGCUGGUGGAGGAGGAUAUCUGGGAGCAGGCACUGACGUACAAACCCAGUCAGCACAGGACCUGGGAAACUAUCGGAUGUGUCCCAGGCCCCACAGAGAAGCCGUACCUGACAGAAGCAGGUCGGGAGGUGUUUGACGCCAUGUACACCAUGGUACAGCGACAAGUGCAGGAAUCAGGGCUGGACAGCAGCACAGUACAGAAACCAGUCAGCUACAUGGUACAGGAGAGGGACCUGGUCAGGGAUGCUCGAAAUGUGCUCAUUGGAGUACCUUCACACACCUUCAUCUUGGAUCAGGUGACACAGUCCUUCAGUGUGAGGGAAGGCAUUCACAUUUCUGGGACCACCCCUGGGGCCAUGCGACAGACGUUGCGCAGGUUUGCUGAGAUCGGGACCAACUACCGUCGCCUAGCAACCUUUGCUGCACCACCCAUCAUGGACUCCUUCUACCAGGGUGGACUGAUCUUCCAGGCCUUUACAGGGGGUCUCAGGAAGUACCUGCAGUAUUAUAGGUACUACGUGCUGUCUGGCUCCACCAGUGUGUCUCUACUCAACCUAGAGAUGUUGUACAGGAAGCUUGGGACACAGAUCAAGUACCUUGCAGAGUUGUGUAUGUGUUCAUCCUCCAGUCAGUUCAACCCUGCUGGGAGGAAAGGAGUGCCGGAGGGAUUCCCUACAGGGGUGAAGUUGCUGACAUAUCUGUACAAGGAGUCGCUUGAUGCCUGUAACACAGACAACUAUCCAGCCCUACUGUCCCUACUACAGCACUCCACUGGACCCUACAUCACUUUUGUCCAGGACUGGGUGUUUGAUGGCAUAUGCCGAGACAUCUAUGGGGAAUACACCAUAGAGGUUAAUGAUGAGUUCCUGUGCUUCAGAGACAAGCACUACUGGACCCAGGGGUUCACUGUUGCCACGGCUACAGUAGAGGAGAGUGUUCCCCUGUUCCUGGCAGACCUGGCCAACAACAUCUUUGUUUGUGGGAAGUCCCUGAACCUGCUCAGACUCUGCUGUCCUGGGCAUCACCUGUGCACCAGAGAUGUCCCAGUCCCACGACUGGCCCUGACCUUCUCCAUGGAGGACCUCUCUAACAUUGAGCAGAGGUGUGCGGAGUAUGUGGGCAAGAUGGAGGGGAUAGCCAGACACAAGACUGUGUCCAGGGAAGAAAUGGAGAAAAGAGCGGUCCAAGCCAGACAGGACCUGGUGGUACUUGCCAGACAGACGGCCUCCAAGGAGAUAGAUCGCAUCCAGAGUGAGAGACAGAAGGCACUGGAAGAGGCUGAUGCCAAGAAAAGACAACAGUUCCAGGAACUUAAAGAGCAGAUGGAACAGGACCUUCAGCGCCGAGCCUCAGAGAAGGAGAAGGAAGCUGAGGAAGACGUGGCGUUUAUCGAGGGACUGAAGAGAAGGGAGAGUGAGGAGGCAGAGGCUGAGGCUGAGCUGGAGAGACAAGCCAGGGAACAGGUAGUGGAGUACUAUGCCAAGUUAGGUGAAGAAGCAUCCAAGAGAGAGCAGAGAGCUCUGUGGAAGAUCCGGCGGCACCGCCUAGACCAGGCACGUCUCAACUUCUUACUUAAAGAGGAGAAGAAUCUCAAGAAAGGAGCCGGCCCAAAUUCUGGUGAAGAGCAAGGUGGAAGAUCUGGCAGUCCAAAUGUUGCAGAUCAAACAGGAAUGCUGGUUUCAUUUGCUGAGAGUCCAGAACAGAGUGUAGAGACAGGGAAGCUUGUUUCAUUUAUAGCAGAGCCAUCGGCCAAACCACCAAUGGUUUUACAUUCCAUCCUGGAAGGCAGGAAUCUACUGGACUUGUCUAUUGAAGAAUUCCUGCCCAAGUCCCAGUCAACAGUGGAAGAAGCGCAGGAAGAUGCGAGUGGAGCUAAGCUUGAUGAAGUGUUGUUAGAGAUAGGGUCUGACUUGCCCCAUGAAGAAAGAAAGUCAUCUGACACAUCAGUUCCAGCUCAGACCAUUGCUGACCUCCAGCAUGGGUACUCGUCCCUGUCUUCUGUCUUCAGUGAAGAGGAGAUAACUUCACCUGCUGGUGGAGAUGGCAUAAAGAAGAGUCAUCCUUCUGACUCUGUGUUUACAUCUGAUGGAGGAAUGGGAGAUGGAGCUGAGGAAAAGGCUGGCAUACAGGUAGGGAAACGUGGGCAUCACUCGGACUCUGUCUUCACUGCUGGUGGAGAAAUGAAGGAGGGAGAGAGCCACAAGGCACUGAUCAGGGUAGGGAAGCACGGACACCACUCCGAGUCAGUUUUGACAACAUGGGGGGAAGUUAAGGAAGACACUCAGAAGAGAGUGGUUAGAAGAGGGGAGCACGGGCAUCAUUCUGACUCUGCCUUCAGCCCCAGAGGGGAGAUAAGAGAGGAGGAUGUAAAGAAGCCUUUGAUAAGAGUGGGACAGCAUGGUCAUGCCUCUGACUCUGUGCUUGGAGACUUAAUUUCUGGAGAGCAAGACCAAGACAGUACAAGACAGGUGGCAAGAAGCCAACAUGGACAUCCGUCUGAUUUGUCUGAAGUGCCAGACAAUGCAAGACCACAGAGAAGCAAACAUGGGCAUGCCUCUGAUAUGUCUCUAGAACCAGACAGUGCAAAACCAAGAAGAAGCAAACAUGGCCAUGCAUCAGAUUUGUCUCUACAGCCAGAUGCUGCAAAACCAAGAAGUAGCCAGCAUGGCCAUGCAUCACAGUCUACUGCACAGGACAUUCUCUAUCCUGCAACACAGCUAGAACCUGAUGGCAUAGCCAAACCACAGUCUCAGAUACCUGUUCUUCCUACCAAUGCUCAACAUGGAGUUCCAAAGAGUUCCAGAGGGAAGAUUCCUCAUGGCCAUUCCUCAGACUCCACAGUGGAGGGAAUCCUGUACAAGGAGGCCAUAGAUUCCACCUGGGUGGUCAAGAGGUCAAGGUUCAAGGAGAGGAACGUCCAUGGUCACCACUCUGACUCCAGUGUGCAGAGGCUGCUGUAUCCACAGGAGAAGAAAGACAGCGAUGCACAGAAAGCACUGGUUGUAUCUAAAGCACGAGGCACAGUGUCUGCCAAUAUAGCCAAGAAGGUGUGGGCAGAUCAGCAGGUGGAACCUUUGCCAGACAACUUUGAUAUGCUGGAUAACCCUCCAUCUGUUGAUCUGCUGGGAAACCUUGGUGUGAUACCAUAUGCCAUGUUUGGUGACUAUGGCUCCACUACCAGUGAUGAGGUGGACAGUGUGGACAUAGUGUCCCUCCCUGUACUCAUCAAGCGCUCCAUAACCAGUCCCCUAACUGCCCAGAUCACCCUGGUGAAUAAGGCCAUUGUAGAUUACUUCAUAGUGGAACUGAAGGCACAACGGCAUUUCAAGGCCCUGCGGACAUAUCUACUCAUGGAGGAUGGGGAGUUUGGUCAUGCUAUAUCUGACCAGCUUUUUGACAAGCUUGCCCAGGGCCUGUCCCCACAAGAGCUGCUGUCCCCGCUGGUGUUGAACAGCGUGCUGACCCGAGCCAUCCAGACAUCAAUCAACAGAGACUCUGACUACACCGCAAACUUCAGCUUUGCUCUCAAGUGGCUGCCAGAACACUUCAAACUCAAUGCUCACGACACGCUGGAUUGCCUUGAGCUUCGUUACAAGGUGGACUGGCCCCUCAAUAUUGUCAUCACUGACACCACUAUCAACAAGUACAACAAGAUCUUUUCAUUCAUGCUGCAGCUGAAGAGAAUCUCAUGGGUACUCAAAGACAUCUGGUUCCACUUGAAAAGAUGUGCCAUUACAAACAGGGCAGGAAACUCCUCCCAGUACAGGCAGCUUCAGCUGUUCAGACAUGAGAUGCAGCACUUUGUGGGGGUGAUGCAGGGUUACGUGUCGAACCAGAUCAUCCACGUGAGCUGGCAGGAGUUCUGUAAGGAGCUGAGGGAGAAUGUGCACAGUCUGGACGAGCUGCACCAGCGCCAUGCUGAGUACCUCAACAAGGCCAUCUUCAGGUCACUGCUGAGUAGGAAGGCUGGACCAGUGAUGAAGGUCAUCACAGAUAUCUUCACCGUUAUCCUGAAGUUCAGGAUUCAGCUGGUCUCCCAUUCCUGGCAGUUUGACGAGACUCGGAACGAGGCCAUCCACCUGGCCUACCCCAACAUGGCCAGCUCCUUCCACGCAUUCCAGAAAUAUUCAGAGUUCCUCUACAGAGUGGUGAAGAAGUUGGUUGCCCGUGGUUACCAGCCUCAUCUUGAAGACUUCCUUCUGAGACUCAGUUUCAACAACUACUACCAGGAUGUGUAGGAACCUUGUGUCAAGUAAUAUUUAAUGUAUGUCAUAUCUACAGUUGGAAAUUGUUACCAACUUCUACUUGUAACUGGAGAAGUGAUGGCUCUAAAUGUUAAACAAAGUGGUUAGACAUUUGAACAAAAGCAUGACUAUGUUGUCUACACGCAAAAAUGGGAUCACAGGUAUAUAGAGCUUGUCCGAUGUGGAACUUAUUAUUUGUUGCAAGAAAGAAUCUUUUGCAUACAGUGGACAAGACAUAUGAGAUAGGGUGUAUGUCUAUGUAGUCUGAAUAGAUCAUGCUCACCUUAGUUUCAGCCCAUAUACAUAUACAAUUGCAGCAACAGAAAACUAUAAUGACAUAAAUCUAGGUCAUGUAGGUAAAGCAGUAGAGAAGGACAUACAUGCUCAUGUUAAACUUGAGAUGUAUCAAUUUUGAAAGCCUCUUCAUGUCAGAAGAAAGUGAUACUAUAUAACACUACCGGUAAAAGAAAAAAAUGUAAGUGAUACUGUUAGUGUUAAGUAAUACUAGAUAACUAGAAGUGGUAUACCCUAGUAAAGGCCUUUACUAGUUUACUGGCUUCUAAGUCUUUAAGCAAUUUGAAAAGAAGUCAACACUGCCUGACUGUUAGUAACUCAGUACAUUUAUUGAUUGCAUUAUUUAGAGGGAAUGAUCAGAACAAAACAUGAUGACCAUAUGUUUAAAUUCUUGGACUCAUGUCCUAUAUUCCUUUGCAAAUAUUGCAGAUUUGUAAAUUUCUUUGCAAAAUUUCAUGCUAUUGUCUUCUAGUUAUUGAUGUACAGAAACUUGGUAAAAACUUAUAAAUAUUUGGUUAUCCACUCAAAUUUGUUGGAACAAGAGGGUUAUAUAUGGUUUGAUAGCUGCACAUUGUUUGACUUUGAGAUCAAAGUUAUUGUUGUAUUACACAUCUGUAUAUGAUUGAAAUUAUGUGUGCCAAAUAAAUAUUGUCACUUUAAAAU